GGUGACGCGUGUCAGCUGAUAACCUACAGCACACACAGAACAUGGCCGACCUGUCAGAAAACCGAUGAGAAAACGGGACAUUAAAGCUUCGUUGUAGCGCACAGUCUUAAAAAUAAAGUGAAAAGCAGUACCCGAAGAAGUUUGAGAACGUUACUGCCAAAAGAUGAGUGCAGUGUCGCCGGCCGUGCCUAACGGGCCUAACGGGCCUAGUGAACAGAACGGGACGGGUGAGCAGGUGUGGGAGAGGCCAUGGUCCUUGGAGGAGAUUCGCAAGACCAGCGCUAACUGGUCUCUGGCUGCUGACUCCGGACUCUUCCUAUUCCUCCAAGACUUCUCUCAGAGGAUGCUGUCAAAGACGCAUGAGAUUGAGAAGCAGCUGGACGGCCUAAUCCGAGACACCAAGGCCACAGACUGCUGCCUUCACACUGUCUUCAACGACUUCCUCAUGCUCUCCAACACGCAGUUCAUCGAGAAUCGCGUGUAUGACGAGGAAGUGGAGGAGCCUGUGUCAAAACCUGAAGCUACAGAGAUACAGCCAGAACAGGAGAAGACGCGAGAACAGAAGGAGGCGGAGCUCAUUCCUAAAGUCCAGGAAGCAGUGAACUACGGCCUGAGGGUUCUGGAAUCUGCCUUUGAGCAGCUGGAUAUCAAAGCAGGAAACUCGGAAUCGGAAGAUGAAGAAAUCGCUGAUCGAGUUGAGCCGAUACUAGAACCAAAGGACCUGUAUGUGGACAGACCCUUGCCUUACCUGAUAGGAUCUCAGCACUUCAUGGAACAAGAUGACGUGGGGCUUGGAGACCUCUCCAGUGAAGAAAUGUCCAUAGAUAGCGACCGAGACAGCGUCAUUGACAGUGAAGAAGAUAAGAAUGACGAUCAGUCAGAUGACUUUGACCAGGAUGAAGAAGGACAAGGAAGCAUAAAAGAAAAGUCAUCGAUCGCAAGCGAGGAGGAUGAAGAAGAGGAGGAUGAAGAGGAAGACUCUGAUAUAUUUGGAGAAUCUGAUAAAGAUGAAAACGAAGAUGGACAGAGCUCCACUGGCCCUGCAUCGUUUGCAGAUGAACUGGCCGCCCGCAUUAAAGGGGAGGUGCCAAGCAAGCCAGAAGAGGAUCGCUCAUCAUUAAAAUCCUCCACCUCUGCCGCAAAGAAGAAGAGUAAAGGAAAGAAAGAGCCCAAGGCUGUUAAAUCUCAGGCUGCUCCUGAUGAUGAUGACAUGUUCAGUCCUCCAAAAAUGGAGGAUGAGGACUAUUCUCCAUUUGGCGGGAAAGGCGGUCUGUUCAGUGGAGGGAGGGGCUUGUUUGAUGACGAUGAUGAGGGCGAUUUGUUCUCCGAUGCGCCGAAACACCAGCUGGGGGGAACGAGUCCAGUACCAGCUGCUGAAGAUCCUGUAUUAUCCAAGUCCAAAAGGAAGAUUCCCACUGGGGCUGUCUCUAUAUUCCCAGGAAGCAGUCUGUUUGGCCCCCCGGGCAAUGCCUCGGGCUCCUCAGGGGGCAGGGAGAACGGGGGCCCAGCCAAGCCCCAGGCGGCCCCCACCCAGCCCGCCUCGGCCGGGCUCUUCGACGACGAGGACGACGACGAAGAUUUCUUCAGCGGCAGCACUCUGAAAAAGUCCGCUUCUGCUGGGUUUGAGAAACCCAAACAGAAGAAGGCGGUGGAUUUGUUCGGGGGGGUCGGGGACGACGACGACGAAGACGGAGACAUUUUUGGAGCGAGCUCGGGCGCUCCGCCCUCCAGACCGAGCCCAAAGGAGGCAGCUAAGGAGAAUACUCCCCCUGCACCUGAGAAAAAGAUGCCUGCAGGGGCCAUUUCUAUGUUUGGACCCGGUACCAAGAACGUCCUAGUCGAGGGUCUGAAGAGACGUCAGCCCUCCACCAACGAGGAUUUGGAGAAAUCAGAGGAGACGGUAUCCGGGCCUGAUGUUGCCAAACCGUCACCUAAGCCUGCCGUUGCCAAACCAUCACCUAAGCCUGCCGUGAAGCCCCAGAGUGGAGGGCUGUUCUCUGAUGAUGAAGACACACAGAUCUUUCCUUCUGCUGCUAAGUCUCAGACGAGGCCUGAGCCUGCUGUCCAAAGCAAACCCAGCAAAGCUCCGCUUUCUAUAUUCGAUGACGAGGAAGGGGAGGAUCUGUUUUCGACUGCGCCCACUAAAUCCAAAUCGAACCAGGGAAAAAGCGUUUCAGUGCAGAAGUCCAGCAAGCUGGGCUCCAGCGCCCUGUUCAGUGAUGAUGAGCAGGAUCAGUGGAUGAGCAGCAAACCAAGCCAGGUCAAGCCUGAUGUGAAAACAGGCAUGCGAGGCAGCAACAGCGCCCCCUCCAGUCUGCCCAGCGCUAGAGCUGCUCCAAAAGACAGCCUGUUUGACGAGGACGAUGGUGACCAUGACCUCUUCACCGCCACCAAGGAGACCAGUAAGAAGAAGUCCCAGAGAGUGUCUCUACUGUUUGAGGAGGAAGAGGAAGAUGAAGAAGGCAGGAGUUCCCUCUUUGGUUUCCAGCCACCAGCCACAGAAAGCAGUGCCCCUGAUGUGAAAGUUUUGUCUCCAGACUCCAGGCCUCCCUCCGAUCUGGGCAAACAGGAAGAGGAAGGCGUGCAUGGCACAUCGGCGCAGAGCUCGCCGCAGGGAAGUGAGGAGCCCAUAAAGAAGCUGUUAGGGGCCGUCGGCCUGUUUGGAGAACAAAAAGAGGAUGCAGCCAAGCCAACCAAGAGUCCUCUGGAGGACCCAGACAAGGAUGACUUCCUGUAUAAGGACAGCCCUCCUCCCAUGGAGGAAGAGCCCAGAGCCAAGAAGAAUGUUGUGAGCCUGUUUGACGACGACGAAGAUGAUGAGGAAGUAGAGGAGGCUGUGUCUACUUCCAGCCAGCCAGCUGCUAAGAACACGCUCAAGGCCCAGGAGCAGAGGACCCGCACCAAAAGCACCCGGGUCUUCCAGGAUGAGGAGCUGCUCUUCACCCAGAAACUUCAGAAGGACAACGACCCGGACGUGGACCUCUUCUCCACAUCCGUGAAACCCACCAAAGUAGCAGAGAAGCCUAAGAAAGAGGAAGCCCCCGCCCAGCAAGCCCCCAUCCAGCGAGCGAGCACACCUGUGUCUACAGACGCUCAGAAACCUACAAGUCCUGUAAAAUCUAAAGAACCCUCCUCACGGAUUGGAAAGCUCCAAGCUAACCUGGCCAUUCACCCUGCUAGCCUCCUCCCGGGCGCCGUCCCUCGUCUUCCUGGGGCGGUCAGCGUUCUCCCCAGCCUGGCGCCCCCGCCCCCCCAGUCUCACCCCUCAAUCCCUGUCCUGGGACAGCCUCCCAGCCCCGCCCUCGCCUCGGUGACCCAGGCGGACAGCGAGGGGGGCGUGAGCUUCGAUACCCCUGCCCAGGUCACCACGCUACAGAGUGCUAACAAGGGUCGUGCCAGAGCAGCUGGGCAGCGGCGGCCGCAGACGCGGGCAGCCAGGCAGCUGGCGGCCCAGCUGUCUGACGAGCUCAGAGAGGAAGGCCAGGAGGAGGGUGGAGCCAGCAGGGCGGGGUCCAGCGCGGCCACGCCCUCCUCUCCUCCCACCGCGAUCAGCGGAGCUCCUCCCAACCCCUCAGCCCCCAGACUGCCAAUCUUCGCCCCAGCAGACAGCGAGGGCGCCAAGCCCAAGAAGCCCCCCACCUCCACCGCCACCGCUGAAGACCACCUCUUCGGGUCUGACAACCUCUUCGCCCCCAUCAGCAAGCAGGCGCCCUCGCCAAAGCCAAAAUCUGCAAGCCCGGAGCAACCAGCCAGGCCGGGCCUAAAGAAAGAGGAGGUCUCGGCCAUUUUUGAUGACCCCGGUGGAGACCUCUUCCAGACAGCCAGGCAGAAACCCGCCAAGAAGCCCAAGGCCAUGCCCUUCCUGGAUGAAGAGGACAACGACAUUUUCGGAGUGGAAAGGAGCACCACUGUCACGGUUACAAAAGAACCUCCCACAGAAUCCAACCCCUCAAAACAGGACAUUUUUCAGGAUGAAAAGCAAGAAGCUCCCAAGAAGCGGAAAGGAAAAGCUUUGGAUGCGAGCUUAUUUGAUGAUAAUGUGGACAUCUUUGCUGACUUGACUACCACAAUAAAACCAAAAGAGAAGAAGUCAAAGAAGAAAGUCGAAACAAAAUCUAUAUUUGAUGAUGAUAUGGAUGACAUAUUUUCCUCUGGGACCGUAAAACCAGUGGUGAAGCCCCAGUCCAAAUCAAAGAAAAGCCAACCAUCCAAGGACGCCAAUGUGGCAGAAGAUACAUACCACAGCAUUUUUGAUGACCCCCUGAAUGCCCUGGGAGGAAAGUGAAGCAUCUCAAAUGUCAAAAUAGUAAUACUGUGCCGAAAGACUUGUGAUCUGAAGAGCCCGACUCGGGCAGGGUGUAUUAGUGCUGCCCAUAGACUGUUUAUAAACUUCAGUUAAUAAUCUCUACAGAAAAUUAAACUAGUUCACAUAAAUUAACCACUAACUCACAUUGAUAUUCUGAAAGCAUCACUGUUUAAAGAUUUGUUAGCAAUUGUUAUCUGUGAUCAGAUACAUUUCCAUCUGUUUUGUUAUUUUCCAUUGUAGCACUUUAAGCAUAUGUUUAUCUGUCAACAAAUAUUUAAAAAAUAAAAUGCUAAAAUUA